ACCUAUGCAACGAUGAUAUUUUGCAGCACGUACGUGAAUAAACUGAACACAUGAUUUGAUUCACAUUUACAUUGCGCAAUUUUGCUGAUAUCCGUAAACGACCUGAAGAGAAGAAGAUAUAGUUCCAAAAUGUCUGUUAUAUCAAGAACGAUUUCACUAUGUCUUGCCGUCGCAGUAUUCACCUUAAUUGAUGGUGCUUAUGGAGACAUGUGCCCAUCUGACUAUGGGUUUUCUUGCCCAAGGCCAUACGACUCAUACGAUUGGACGACCUGUUGUAGUAUCAACGGGAUUCAGCAAUGUUGUAAUCCAACUAUUCUUGCGACAUGGGCGAUUGGUGCGAUCGUGACAACAUGCUUCUUCAUAUCUUUUUUCUUCAUCCUGAUUGUCUGUGCCUGCUGCCCAUGCUGUUGGCUGGCCAGUCGAAGACGUCACAACCGCUAUGUGGUGGUGUCCAAUGAAACCCCUGUUGCCUACCCGGCUAAUUCAACUACCAGGACCACCUACGUGUACAACACCUACCCAGCUCAACCGAACUACAACAGCACAGGCUACGGUCAACCUACCGCCCCUCCAAUGGGAGCCACUACCACAACCACUUAUGUCAAACAGUGAUCAUUCCCGAUGAUUGCGUGGUCUUGUGUAUUAAAGUACUAUUAUUAAGACAAUCGCAAAGACUUAUGAAAAAUCUUCCUAAAGCAAUUUUAAUAUCAUUGUCCUUCACCUUUUGAUAUCAAGGAACCUGAUAACAAUUUUGUAAUUGGAACAUGAUUUCCACUGGCAGUACAAUAGAGCAUUGAAAUUACCCUUGAGUUGAUUUAUUGAAAGCCUUUGCGAUCAUGUUAGUUUGAUAAUGAACGUGACAUGAUAUGAACCUUGGAUGGCAUUAUUAAUGAAACAAUCUUUGAACUAAUCUUUUCUUUUUAUGAAUCAGGACAUUAAUGUACAAUUAGGUGAAGCUAAUAACUGGUAAGAAGAAAUUCUGUGAAUGCUUGAGCCCUUUUAACAUUGUUUCAUUACACCAAGGAACGCUUUUGUUAUAGAAUGAUCUAGAAUGAUCUAAUAUUUUGAAAGUUUGAAAGACCGAUCUUUGUUAAAUUUCUUUCAAAUACUACAUUACACAUAACUCUAGGAUAAAAAUAGUACUAAACAUAUGACGUUGCAUUGAUGGCUUUAGUCCUAGUAGGUAUAGUAUUGGUAUAAAUGGAAAAGAAAUAUAAACUGCUAAGAGUAAAUACAGCAAGAAAAAAGUUGUAGUCUUCAGAGGACAUUAAAGAAAUUAGUAAAACUAUUAUAAUUUCAAUAUUGUACUUUCAAAUUUGUACACAUUGAGUAUCGUUUUUUGACUUGUUAUUACUGAAAUAUUUCUGAUGUAUAUUUUUAACCAAAGAGUUUGACCAACAUGGAUUGAUUUUUACAAUUUUAAAAUAUAUGAUUAGGGAAUACAAACAUUAGCUUUUUUCAGGAUAGAGAUAUAAAUAAAUCAUUUAAUAUAUCUUGAUUUAAUUGUAUGUCAUCAACGUUCAAGACGACGAUGAUUCAUAGCAUUUAUUUGGCGUCAUAUUUCUGUUCGAAUUAUGAAUAGGGCAAAAAGAAAAAAAAAUCAUUACAAAUAUAUCAUGCAGAGUGCACAUUUUUUUAAGGCAAUCACUAAGUCCCGUGUCACAAGGAAAAAAAGGUACAAUUUGGGCUAGGACAU